UCCACCAAGUCUGUUUUUUAUGCUCAGAACUUGAAUCACUCGAAAGCAUAACCCGAUACCUCAACAGCAACAAUAUGCAUCAUCCUCUGUUUUUUAUUCUUAUAUCCUGUACGUUAUUCCAUGGUCUGAUCAUCUUUGCCAUUUCUUCUACCAUUAAUUCACCUAUUGAGAACAUAGCCAUUUCGUGUGGUUCUUCUGGCACUGCGCCUGAUGGACGCGUGUGGGUUGGAGACAAUACCAAGCCUUCUUCUACAUUGCUGCACUUGAAUGGAGUAUCCUGGACGUCUAGAGCCCAGCAAAAAGCUUCUCUCAUGAUUGAUCCAGUUCCAUAUCAGACAGCUCGGACCUCUCGCCAUGAGUUCAGCUACCGGUUCUCAGUCAAGCCAGGCCAGAAAUUUAUCCGCUUGCACUUCAACCCAGCGCCUUACAAGGGUUUCAAGAAGUCCAUAGCCCUUUUUACUGUCAAAGCUGGUCCAUACACUCUCCUAAGCAAUUUCAGCCCUUCCCUCACUGCUGAUGCUCUAGGUGUCAAAUUUCUCAACAAGGAAUACUGCGUUAAUGUACAGGAAAGUGAAGCGUUGACUAUAAUAUUCACCCCAUCCCAAGAAACAAAGUCCCCAGAAGAUGUUUAUGCUUUUGUCAAUGGCAUUGAGAUUGUCUCCAUGCCUACUGGUCUUUACUUCACCCCAGAGGGAGACCUGGGUGCCCAUGUUGUUGGCCAAAAGCACAGAUUCUACAUUGAUACUGCUACAGCACUGCAGAUGAUUCAGAGAUUAAAUGUCGGUGGACAGUCAAUUCCAUCUAUUGAAGACGUUAGCAUGUUUCGUGACUGGAAAGAUGACUUCAACUACCUGUUAAAUGGAGUUGGUGCUGCUUCAAUUGAUACCACCAUUCCAAUCGAGUAUGCAGACAUGCUGACACAUGCUGCACCUCCCAAAGUUUACCAAACAGCAAGGUCAGUGCAUCCAGGCAAUCAGCAGCUCAUUGUUCAUAACCUCACGUGGACAAUUCCAGUAAAUUUAGGAUUCAGGUACCUAGUCAGGCUCCAUUUCUGUGAAUUUGAACCUGAAAUAUCAGCAAGAGGUGAAAGGCAAUUCAGUAUACUUAUAAAUAAUCAGAUAGCCGAAUAUAAUGCUGAUGUGAUCAAAUGGAGUGGUGGAAAUGGGAUUGCAGUGUACAAAGACUACAUUGCAAUGAUGGAAGGUGAUAGAAUGAAAGGUACAGGCACUCUAGUCAUAAGUUUGCAGCCCAACUCUGAGUUCAGCACUAAAAGAACUGACGGCAUUCUGAAUGGCUUAGAAAUAUUCAAGCUAAGUAAUCCUGACAACUAUCUUGUGGGAAUGAAUCCUGUCCCCCAACACAAACAAAGUUCAGUGUCAGAGAUGCCGCGUCGCCAAAGACCAGUGUUUUUUGAUAGAAAGAGUGCAAUUGUUACUGCAUUCACAGUAGCAGUCACUUUACUGAAUAUUGCCAUCUAUUACCUAAGGUGUCUCUCAGAAGCUAACUCCAACAUGAGAAACACAAGAUCUCGUUGCACAGACCCAGCUUGUCAUCAAUUCUCACUUGAGGAGAUCCAACUAUCCACCAGCAAUUUCAGUCCUGAGUUCUUGAUUGGAAGGGGUGGAUAUGGCAAUGUGUACAAGGGCACUAUACAUGGCAGUGCAACUACUGUAGCAAUUAAGCGUUUGAAGGAAGGGUCCAAGCAGGGAGAGGGGGAGUUUUGGACAGAGAUCAAAAUGCUAUCAAAGGUCCGAAAUGAACACCUUGUCUCCCUAAUUGGCUUUUGCAAUGAAGGUAUAGAGAGGGUGUUGGUUUAUGAGUACAUGCCACGAGGAACUGUUGCAGACCAUCUUCACAAAAUUGAUAGAAUGGGGAACGGUAACCCCCCUCUCUCUUGGAAAAGACGACUCAAGAUUUCAAUAGGUGCUGCCCGGGGAUUACAUUUCCUUCACACCUCCCAGCAUAAGGUUAUACAUCGUGACGUAAAAAGCUCAAACAUUCUGUUGGAUGAGAGUUGGGUGGCAAAGAUUUCAGAUUUUGGUUUGUCCAAAAUGGGGCCUGGAAAUGAGUCCUUCACUCAUGUUAGUACUGAUGUCAAAGGAACAUAUGGCUACUUGGAUCCUGAAUACCACUUGACCCGCAGAUUGACAACAAAAUCUGACGUGUAUGCUUUUGGGGUAGUGCUGCUUGAAGUGCUCACCGGGAGGCCAGCAUUGGAUAAGAGGCUUGUUGAGGAGGGGCACAAUCUAGCUACAUGGGCCAUAGACUACAUGAGAAAAGGAAAAGUAAAUGAUAUUGUAGACAGCACUCUGGCAGGGCAAGUCUCCCAAAUUUGUUUGAAGGUGUUUGUAGAAAUUGCAGGAAGAUGCUUGCGCAAACAGCCACAUGAACGACCAGAUAUGGCUGAUGUGCUCACCAACCUUGAAUUAGUGUUGGCAUUACUACAAAAGGAGGGGGUAGAAGAUGAGGUCAUGAGUAUUGAGAGUGUUUGCAGUGAUGGUGUCAUCUCGUUUGAUGAGCUAUGUGGAGAUCUCUUAGCAGAGAAUAUGGAAAAUGCCACCACUGAAGCAACGCCUUAUAAAGGAAAAGGCAAAGGUAUUUCCAUUGAAAAGGUGAAGAAGGACAGCACUUCCAAAACAAAAACAUCAAUUCGAUGGUGGGAUUUUUUGUGGUUCCAUCCAAAACAAUCACCAAGGACAAAAACUUCACCAACACAACCAAGAAUCCCAAAACAGUCAUCGAAGAAAAAAGUUUUCUCUACGCAGUUGCAAGGACUCCAUCGCUUCUCUCUCCAGGAAAUCAAACAGGCAACUGACAAUUUCAACCAGAGUUUUAUUAUUGGUCUUGGGGAAGCUGAUAAGGUGUACAUUGGAUUUCUAAAUGGUGGUAAAAAUAUUGUAGCCAUCAGAAGGGCCAGCACUGCUUAUUCAAUACGUUGCAUGGCUCAUGAGUUGCAAUCAAAACUAGAUAACCUCCCUUUGCCCAACCAUGCUAAUGUUCUCUCUCUAAUUGGAUAUUGCAAUCCUGAUGCAGAAAUUAUUCUUGUAUACAGUUACAUGGCAAAUGGGAGUCUGCAAGAUCAUCUCCAUGACCCUGACAAGGCUCCCCUCCCAUGGAAGCAGAGGCUUAAAAUCUGCAUUGAUGCUGGACAUGGUUUGUGCUACCUUCAGCCUAUCUUGAAGCAGAGUAUUCUCCAUCGUGAAUUCAACUCAACCAACAUUCUACUGGAUGAGAAUUGGGUUGCUAAAGUUUCAGACUUUGGUUGGUCUAAAAAUAAAGGCAACAGUCAUGUUCCUAGAGCUGUUGUAGGUCGUUUGGGAUUUUUGGAUUCAGACUAUGUACGCGAUACAACAUCAACAGAAAAAUCUUAUGCAUAUGCAUUUGGUUUACUUUUGAUCGAAGUAUUAUGUGCCAACAAUGAAUUGAUACUCUGGGACCAGGAUCGGGAGAGUAUAGCCAGCUUGUUCAAGUCAUGUAUAGAAGGUAGCCUUUCAAGAUGUAUAGACCCAUACCUCAUUGGGAAAAUAUCACCAGACUGCCUUCGGAUGUUUGUUGAUACUGCAAGCAGCUGUCUGCAAGACCAAGGUAGUAAAAGACCAUCACUGAGUGAGGUCGUGACAAGUCUGAAGGCUGCACUCGAGCUGCAAGAAGCAGCAGAUGGUAAUAACAAGGGGUUUUAGGCUCUCUGAAGUAGACCUGAAAAGGUAAAUAAAACCCAUGUCAUUGUACUGAAAUUGCUCUAGUCUAUCAAUGCCAUAUGAUAUCAGAAUCCAAGAGUGAAAUGGAAAUGCAUCUUUCAGAAACAAAACUUCCUUUUGUAGCUGAAUAUGCUUGUUGGGUUCCUUACAUUCUAUACUAGUCAUGCUAGCUUUCACAAAAGCAAGUUCACACUCUCUUUCCUCUGCUUACUAUGAUUUUUUGUCUUUUGGCA